CCUCCUUCAGUGACACCCGUGACACUACCGUACAUGGCUUGCGGUUGGCAUCGGCGGACAGAAGAUGGAGGUGCCGGGCUAGAUAUUGCGACUGGACCACGUCUUGAGAGUCCUCACUUCUUCAAGAUCAUUCUCUCCGACACCCUUCAAUCCGGGAAGCUCGGGAUUCCGAAAAAAUUCUUAGGAAGAUAUGGAAAGGAUCUCUCAAGCUUGGUGCUACUCAAGGUUCCGGGCAGUUUGACCUGGACUAUAGGAGUAGAAAAGCGAAACAAUGGCAGUUUUUGGUUGUGGAAAGGGUGGCGAGAAUUUAUGCAGCAUUACUCCAUUGGUCAUGGUCACCUCGUAGUUUUCAAAUAUGAAGGGAACUCCACUUUUCACGUGAUGAUAUUCGAUAAGAGUGCUUCGGAGAUCGAUUAUUCAUUGAGUGGCAUAUCGAACCUCGGGAGUGGAUUUAUCUCGCCAAAGAGAGAGGAUGUGGUAGAACUUGAAGUUUCGGAGGAUUGCGCUCCUCGUAAAAAAAUGAGGGUCGAACCUCAUUCACCAUGUUCUCAGUCGAGUCCAUGCUGCUCAUCACAAGAUCUCGAAGACAGGGUCGGAGAGUCUAGAAGCAGAGCUAGCCAUUCUAAGCCAGUUUUUGGUGGUUCUACAAGUUCGUGGCCUCUCUCUAGUUUUGAAUUGGCUAGCAAAUUUGACUCAGAGUAUCCUUUUUUCAAGGUGGUGAUCCGGCCAUCUCACAUUAAACAUGAUGUAGUGAAUGUUCCUCGUAGUUUCAUCAUGCAGCAUAUUCGAAAAAUCAAGAAAAUCGCGACUCUCAGGCAUUCAGACAGAACAUGGCCGGUGAAGCUUAGUAGCUAUCCUAGUGGGGCGAUGUUCUCUUCUGGUUGGAUGGCAUUUGUGAGAGGAACUCGCUUGCACGUAGGAAAUGUCUGGGUGUUCGAGCUAACUGAUGGAGAUGAUAUUGUGUUCAGAAUCUACAUUUUCAGCGGCGCAGGCAGGAACAAACGGUCUAAAUGCAGAGUGAACCAUUCUGAGCCGGUAUUUUGUGAUCCUACUCCUCCGAGGCCUCUCACUACUCCUGAAUUAGCCAGUGAAUUUGAUUCGGAGCAUCCCUUCUUCAAACUGGUGAUACACCGGGGUCAUUUUAAGAGAGUGCAUGUUCCUCGUCGAUUCGCCGAGCAACAUUUUGAAGAAUUCGAGGGAACGGUAACUCUUAGGUAUUCAGAUAGAUCGUGGCCGGUGAAGCUCUUAAGAUUUACGCACCAAACCUGGGUGUACUUUUCUGCCGGUUGGGCUGCAUUUGCCAGAGAAACUCAUUUGCGUGUAGGAAAUGCCUGCGUGUUUGAGCUCAUUGAUAGGGAUGUUGUUGUGUUCAGAGUUUCCAUCUUCGAAAAUGGUGGUGAGGACCAGAUUCACAUUGAUUGAGGUGAUCAUGAAAUGUUUUACUCUAGGAAGUUCCCAGCAUUGAUACGAGUUCA